CCAGUUUCCAACACAGAGCCCCAGCCCCCAGCCCGGAGGAAGAGACAGGCAAGCUUUCCUCCAGUGCUUCAGCUUGACCCUCCUGUACAGCAGAGACCUCCCAGUAAGAAAGCCCCAGGGGGCUGCAUCUUCUUCCAUGUGGUCCGUGAGGGAUGUGGCACAUGGCCCAGAGAGGGUAUUGUGUACGCUGCCAGGUGCCAGCCUACAGGUCAUCCUGGCCACUCUGCAACUUUGGAAAUCACGACCUGAGUCCUUCUCCCAUCCCGUUCCAUGACCCAGAUCCCGUUAAUAAGGGAGAAGGAGAUCACACCGUGCAGUGGGAACUUCUCUCAUCUGUUCUUGAUUCCAGAUGAUGAGCUUGGUGCUCCCUUUCCAUAUAGUGAUCUGGAUCCAGAUUUUGUGCCUGCGGGACAACCCAGAGGCCCUCCUGGUCAAUUGGCAGAACAGAAUCCUGCCCAUGAGCCUGAGGGGGAUGCCAGAGAUGUGACUGGACGAGAUGACCCAGCUUCCCGUCUGAGUUCUGGGACUGAAACUCCGGCGGAUCGCGUGGUAGUGCCCACAGGGAGGGCCUUGCCCGGUCCUUGGUUUCUUCCUGUGCCGGAGCGCAGCUGGAAUCCCAGGGGUCCGGAAGGAGGAAAGGAUGAAUCCCAAAGAGGAAGAUACUCCCAGGGCUCAUCCCAUCUCCUGGAGGAACUGGUGAAGGAAAUGGAGAAGGCAGCGCGUGGGGCUGACCAACAGACUGCGCAGAAGGAGGCACUGCAAGAAGGCAGCCCUCCCACACGGCCAGCCUUGGACAAUGAAACCCAGGCAGUGCAAGCAACUGGCAUGCCAGGGAUGAAUGCAGGGAACACGACGGCUGCUGUUCGCACAUUUCAGCGACAGCGCUACAUCUCAGCGAUUGCGGCGGCCUCUGCUGUGCUGCUGUCUGCGCUGGUGCUGGCCCGUGUUGCCGUGUCAUGGAUGUGGAAAAAAUAUGUAGAGGGCAAGAGAGAAAAGAAAGCAGCAAAACGAGCUCAUCCUGACACCGAUGGGAAAAGAGUUCCAACUGGAGGUGAAGGCACAGUGGAGCUAGGAGAUGGCAAAAGAGGACUGGUCCCUUCCGAUUCGCUUGAAGAAGUUUCAAAUGACGAAAUACCGGUGUGGGAAAGGAUACCGUAUUGAUGCAAGGCAUCUGAAGUGUUCAUGAACACUGAAGUUGCACAACAAUUAUGAAUAAUAUCAUUAAUCAGUAACUGUAACAAGUUAGUGGGUGAUGAGAAAAGUAUAUAGUCUGACAAGUUACUGACAAACUAAUAAAUGACAUUGCAGCACAUCA